AUGACGUCAGCAGGGUUGACCAAUAGUAAUGGUCACGACGGAGAAACAGAAUCAGCGAGCCCAGAAAGAAUAAAUCUUUCAGUAUUGCGUUCAACGAGAAAAAAAAUGGCUGAUACCGAUCCACAAUUAAAGCGACUUUUGCUCCCAGCAGAAGAAACUUUGUUCGAACAGUUGUUAAGGUUUGGGUUAUACAUUGGUGCAAUGUUUCAAGUUGUAUGUUUACUAGCAAUAGUAAUUUAUCAGGCGGGACCCUCGGAUGGCAUAGCUGCUUUAAAAGACGACCCAAGUGACGUAGAAUGUUCUGAGAAUAGUCCUCAAGUAACGCCAAGGAGACCGCACAGGCCGCGAAAACAAGAAAAAAAGAAAAGACGCUGAAAAGAUGCUCCUUCGCCUGCGCAAAAGAUACAUCAAUUUAACACUUAACAAUUUUUAAUAUCUUUUGAGAAGACUGCUUUUAUAGUUGUUAUUUGAUAAAAUGUAAGCUGAAUGUUUAACGGAAGUUUAAAAAAUCGUCAAGUAAUAUUGCUUUUAAGAAAAGGAGCAAUCGUUUUGAAAAACGUUAAGUCAUUUAUUUUAUAUUUGUACAGUUGCAUACAAUUUUUAUAGUUUUAAGAAUAUUUAUUUACGAUCAGUUAUAUGUCUUUUAGAAUACAUUUUUUAGAAUACAGUUAAUUUUUUUACUAAAGAAUUAUUUGUGAAAAAACAUGCGAAUGUAAUCUUACAGUUCAAAUACACGGAAAAAGUUCAUAAAAUAAUUUUUAUUAAUAACGAAUAAAUUUAUUAUUUUAUAAUUUAUUUAUAUUUCCAAAUUGGCUUUUUU